AAAUGGAUGAUGUGAUCUCCCUCAGCUCAGGCGACUCUGAUGUGGAAAUCGUCGGCUCCUUCUCGGCCAAGUCUGAGCUGCUGCCCCUCUCCGCUGUGAGGGUUGAUGUCGACGCUGUGAACGUUAACGCCUCGCAGUGUCAGCCUUUCAUUCCUUCCAAGGAGAUUUAGCAACCAUGCACACUUGGCCUCAGGUGACUCCAACGGAGCAGUAACAAACGACAUCAAUGGCCUUGAAACGUCUUCAAGUAUCUACAACGAGGUCCAGCUGCCAUCGAUUCAACUUUUCUUGGAUAUAGCAAUAUUGAUUUUGUACAAUUUAAUAGAGUACUAUUCUCUAGAAAAUCAAUUCAGAAACUUUAACAUUGUCCACUAGUGCACCCAGAGAUAUAAAACUUAAAAUUGAUAUUCUUUAAUCUCAGUAGAUUUGCAUCGAAAACAUGGCUUUCGUGUGUGCCAUUGGCCAUUUAAAGACAAUGCUGAAACUGGCUUUUCAUUUUCUUAUGGGUUUGAUAAACAAAAUAAUUAUAUUAUUUUUGUGUAUGCGAGGAGAAAUGUGUUUAUACUGUUUUGGACUGAGUUUCCCACUUGAUCAUCUUUUUGAAUAAAGGGAAGCAGAAGCUUUAUUAUUCAUCUAUGUGAUUAUGUAAGCAACCACAGUAUUUUCUGACAUAUUUUUCUGUUUUUUUUUUUUUUUUUCCAUUUUCUAGUGUUUUAUUGACCUCACAGAUCCAAGAUGGACUCUUCCAGAGCUUAAAAUGCGCAAAAGACAAAACUCCACUCCCUUGUCAGUGGCAGACUUGACUGAAAGCAACAUAGCAAAUAGGACAGAACAGGAGACAGAGAAUUCGCAACCAGAUGACUGUGAAAUAAAACAAGAAAGUUCAAAUAACAAUCAAACUUCAAAAAAAGAAGAUUUUGAUUUACAGACAAGCUCUUUGAGAGACUCAACUGUUCUUGCUCCACAGCAGGACUGUGGUAAUAUGAGAUGUUUGAAUUCUCAAACACAACACCAAAAGCAGAACUACGAAGUACAUCCCUCUCCUAACACACCAGCUGUAAAACUGAGACGACUGCCUUUUCUUGAGACAUGUGUAAAGGACCUGAAAACGUCAAAUUGUUCUGUGUAUUUAACCAAAGAGUGCUUUAGAGAACUCAGCAUGAACAGCAAUUCACCAGAUUGCAUUACUGAUUUGAGGACAACUACAGAAUCAAAUGGUCCUUUCAUGAAAACUUCACUGGACAAGUCUCCUCCUAAGGUGGCUGAAUUGCUUAUUGGACAGGAACAACAGGAGAACAGUAAUGAAUUUACAAGCACACAGUUACAUGACCGCUCUGAUCACUCAUCCCCUCCCUCUCCCACUACCAGACUGAAGCCUUCUGAGCUUUUUGAUCAUGACUCUCUACCACACAGAAGUCCUGCAUUUUAUGAUCUGAAGAGCCAAGUUGAUACAACACCCAAAUCUGAACAUACGCCUGCUGAAAACAUGCCUGAAUGGCAAUCGGAUGAGGCUAAGGCUGAAAGGGCCUCAGACAGUGCAGACUUGUGCUGUGAACCUGCUUUGUCAGUGUCUAAAACUGAGGAUAUGGAUGAAGGAUCUGGUGCUGAGACAUAUAGAGGGGAUGCAGGAAUUGAUAGUCCACUGUCUUUCCUCUGGCAAGAGGGGAGUGACAUAGAAGAAGUGAAUGAAGAGAGCAGAUUUGAUAUGGACUUCAGGGCAGCUAGUCGAGAAGACAGACAUACUGUGUGCCCAGUUACACUCAAGAAAAUAAUGUCUGGACCAGGUCAAGCCUUGAUUGAUGUCGAAGAUGAAGGUUUUGGAACUCCAGAGGUGUUAUGCCGUCAGAGCCUGAGUCUGGUUUACAGUACGAUUGAUGAGAACUACCCAGAGGGUACUUUGCAGCUCUUGUCUGACCUACUACAGCCUGGUUACUAUCCCCCCAGAGAUAUCACUACCCAUCUACUCCACAACAUUCUGCUGGACCCACAGUGUCCCCAUCACCUAUGUGUACAGGCCUUUAAUCUGCUGAUGAGGACACAGAGACACCACAUGGCUGAUAAAACCACAGUACCAUGGGACUGGGAGUUGUUGACCUCAGUCGUGGCCAAUCAGGACAGUACAAAUAGACGCAGAUGUGAGAUUGUGCGCAUGCUCCUGGAGUAUGUUGUGCAGACAUUGGAGGACGACUUCCAGGCCAAACGUUCUACUUCUGCCCUCCACCAUUCGAUCGCCAAGGCCACACUGUCAUGUGAUCAGCACUUCCCUCAAGUCAGAGAUGUCAUCAAGUGGCUUUUUUCUGCCAUUAUGAAAUCGACAGAGCAUGGAGAGUGUAGAGAAACAACUAGAGAGAGAGAUGAACAAAGCAGAAUAGUGUCCAUCUUCCAGAGGAUGCUGUCUCUGGCUCUGGAGGUGGACCGUUCUCCAGCCCUCACCUCUGUCAAGCUGUCCCAGGAGCUCUUCCAUAUGGUCAUCAGCAAUGUGCCUUUGCGAGCACACAGGAUGUUGUUGCUGGAGAGCCUGCAGAGCAAGCUGCUGAGAUGUAAGCUGUUAGAACAUCUGCUGGACUAUGCGUGCCCACUGAAAAUCUCUCUGCCCAUGUCGCUUAGUCUGCUGCUCCACUUUAUGAAGAACUGCACUCUGGCACCAGACCCUACGGAUGGUACUGAAAGAUGGCAGAGGUGGGAAGAGUUGGUCCAUCUUCUCUGGAUGCUGCUACUCAGCUACAACAAAGCGAUGAAAGGCUAUCUGUGCAGCUCAGUCACUGAACAAAGAGGCAGAGUUGGCACGCUGGUCUACAAGCCGGAUGAUAAGGUAUCCAAGGCUGCCAUUCGUGAAGCUGUGGAGGCCUUCCUGUCCAGAUCCCAGGCUGACCUUGGCCAAGCAUUACCUCUGCAUGUGGAAGAGUCCCUCACUUAUCUACAGGAUCACCUGCUAGAUGUCUGUCAGUGUUGAAAUAAAAGCUCUUGGUAGUGCUUAUUUUCUUGGAAGACAUAAAGCACUGAAUUAAUUUAAUAUUUAUAUUUUUGUACUGGUUCCCUUGCACACUUUUUGUAUUUAAAUAAAGGCAGUGUGUUUUGAUUGGUUAUAUUAAGUGAAAAUACAAUAAGAUUGUUUUUUCUCGAUUAUAUAAGUUUUUAUGUUGUUGCCAACAAAGCGAUAUAUGAAUUUGUCAUUAAGCAUAAUUUUCCUUGGAUGUCCAUACAGAUUAAAUCGUUACAUCACUGGUUCUACAGA